CUUUUUAAUUGAAGGAUAGUAGCAGAACAAGAGAGAAGACAGUUUCUGCUACGAGUGAACGGGAAUGGAGCUAACGAACGGCAAUAAACCAUCUUCCAAGCUCCUCCUAUUCGACCGCCGUUAUGGUUGGGUGUUUGAUGAAUGGAAAGACCCAUCGGAAGAAGCUCUAGCUGCUGGCCGAGGAAUGUUUUGCAUAGUUCCUCUAGCAAAAGCUUUCUUGAAGACAGCUUCAGAUUCGAUCAAUUUUGCAGCAAGAUCUGCUGUAAAAGUCCUACAAAAGCCAGACAUGCUCUCCCCCCAAGAACUGCAAGCUAGCCUUAGACAUCAGCUGAAAAGAUUCUCAAAUUCUAUACAAAACCAUAUUUCAAAUGCAUGAUUCGAAUGGAAAAUCCCAGUCAUACUGGCAGCAGUUCUUCGCAUCUACCUGUUGAAAACGAAGAAUCACAAAGUGCCUAAUUGCUCAAUAUUUGCAUAAUACUUUACAUAUAAGUAUCAUUACUCCACAUCAAAUGUUUUUCUUGCACCUGGAUUUUCGUGUGCUGCAAGAGAUUAUGAAUCUACCUCAAAACUAAUUUGUUUUGUGUACUACUAAGUAGGGGUUACUUUUACUAUUAUGACUUUGUUUAUUUUUUAUUACAACACAUUUAUGCUAUUCUGAUGCUUUGAGGUUUGCGAGGGUAGGAUGCAAAAUCUUUCCUUUUGAGUUUUGACUAACCUAAAACUUACGAUGCAGAAAGUUGAGAAAAGAAGAAAGGUUACGGUUGAUUGCUGCAGAUCAUUGAUCCCACCGGAAUGUCUUUUGGGAUCAUUGAACUGUCUUCCCUGGCUAUGAUGAUUAAUGAUUAUGAUCCAGCAAUGAUACAACAGUCCUUGUCUCUGUUGCAUCAGCUUUGUUAGUAAAAAGCAAUAAACCUUAAAAAAGAUGCUUGUUGAGUUUUGAAACCAAAUGUAG